AUGGAUAAUGCAGAUUGUACAAACUUAGGCAAUCAACCAACAUAUGAUUCGAAAGACUUAAAAGGUGAAGAAGAGCAGUUCGAGCAUUCUGAGCAUUCUCAUCAUAAUGAGGAGGCGAUUGAAGAUGUAAUUCUUGGAAAAGAGUUUCUGGAUGUUAAGAGUGCAAAGAAGUAUUAUAUGAAUUAUGGUGGCAAAAAUGGCUUCAAUGUGAAGAUAAGAAACAGUAGAAAAAACAGUGAGAAUUUUGUGACAUGGGUACAUUAUGCUUGUUCAAAAGAAGGUUUUCGUGAUGAAAAGCAGCAUACAAAUGCAUCUUAUUCUCAACCAGUUUCCAGAUGUGGUUGUGAAGCGCAUAUGAUUAUCCUAUUGCAAAAAAAUGGAAAUUUCAAGGUUGUCUCAUUUCAGAAAAGUCAUAAUCGUGCUUUGGUUGCUACUCCUAUGAAGUAUAUGUUGAAGGUCAAUAGAAGUAUAUCAAAGGCACAAAAGGCACAUGCAGAUGAUGCUGAAUAUUCUGGGUUCUCCAUGAAAUCCACUGUGGAUCUGAUGAGUAGAGAAGUAGGAGGGCCAGAGAAUCUUGGAUUUACAAAGAAUGAUUACAUGAAUUACAUACAUAGAAAACGAAUGUCUAAAAUGGAAAAAGGAGAUGCAAGUGCUAUAUUGCAGUACUUUCAAAAGAUGCAAUUUGAGAAUUCGUCAUAUUUUUAUUCAAUUCAACUUGACGAGGAUGACAUGAUCACAAACAUAUUUUGGGCAGAUGCUCGAUCGAUAAAUGAUUAUGGUCAAUUUGGAGAUGUGUUUUGUUUUGAUAUGAUGUACCGAACAAAUGAAUAUGACCAACCCUUUGCACCGUUUGUUAGGGUUAAUUAUCAUAAGCAAACAACAUUGUUUGGCGCAGCUUUGUUAUAUGAUGAGACAAUUGAAUCUUUCAAGUGGUUAUUUAUGAGGUAA